AUGUCGGGACGUCAACAACGCGUGAUGGUUCAGCCCAUCAACGUCAUCUUCAAAAAUCUGCAACAAAGAACCAAAGUUGUCAUAUGGCUGUACGAUAACAUCGAGAUGCGUAUCGAGGGGACCAUUAUUGGAUUUGACGAAUUCAUGAACCUAGUGAUAGAUGAUGCCGCCGAGGUAUUCGUCAAGGACGCGAAGCCCAGACGGGACUUGGGACGUAUUCUACUCAAGGGAGACAAUAUCACGCUAAUACAGCAGAUUGUGUAA